GAAAAUCGCCGCAGGUCUGCCUGGUCUUCUCAGAACCUUGUCUUGUCGGGUGCUUUUACGCAACUGCGUCUGCCGUUUACCCAUUCGGCCCGCUUUGCACGCCUAAAAGAGCCUGCACGCGCCGCCACUGUGGAACGCAUACGUCUGAAUGUAUUUGCCAGCUGAAACACCUAUCCUCAUUGUCGGCGCUGGGCCGUGCGGGAUGGCAGCGGCACUCUCGCUGUACCACCAAGGCAUCAAGGAUGUGGUCGUCGUGGACGCCACUGAGCCGGGUAAGAACGCGUCGCGUGCCAUGGUGAUCC